AUGCGCUCAAUUUCUGACAUGCGCAAGGAUCACCUUAUCAUUUGCGGUGACUUCAAUGAGGGCUGCCCUCUGUCCUCCUUGAUCUUUGCACUGGUGAUGGAACCCUUGGCUGCUGCGAUCCGUGAGAACACAGUCACAGCAACACUACGGGUCUGGCACACCUUCGACUCCCCACCACACUCCUGCAGCGAAUCUUUUCUUAAACACCUACCUCUGCUCACUCUGGAGUAUGUCUUAGACGACAUGCACAUGUCAAAUUGGACUUCCAUGAUCAUCACAUACUUUCUUGAGACGGUAGAGAGAACACAACCUCCACCAACUAUCCUGUCUCUGGGCUACAUAUGGACUCUCUCCUAUGGAGCUCUGCUGCUGUACUCCAUGGCCAGUCUAAAAGGAUUGAGAAUCUUCGCUAUAAUAAUGAUGAUUGUGACUAUGGCCCACACUGGCAGAAUUUAUUUUGAAUAUAAAGACCAUUACAUCCCGAAAUUCCUAAUUUACAAAUACUUAGUACCUAAUGGAAUGUUUAGUUUGUCAGAAAAGGAAACCUCCGAUCCUUUCAGUGCAAACACAAUCCUAAGAAAAGGAAAUGGAAUCCUAUUUGUGGAGACCACGGACAGAAUGGAGCCACCGUCCCUGGUGUUGUGUGCUAUUGAAGCAGCUGCCCGAGUCUACCCCGACAGACCGGUGGCCUUCUUCAUGAAAGGACUGGAGGACAUCAUCACAGAAGAAGACGAGAAGAGAGCCAAAGAGCGAUUUCCAUCCCUGUCACCUUUUGGCAACGUUUACCUCUUCCCUCUCAGAAUGGACCAAUUGUUUAAUAACACGCCGAUUAAGUCUUGGUUUGAUAAGGUAGACCCUAAAAAAGAAAUCUACUGGAUCCAUGUUCUCUCAGAUGCCUGUAGGUUUUCCUUGGUGUGGAAAUACGGCGGCAUUUACAUGGACACGGAUGUCAUCUCACUCCGUCCAAUACCCAAGGACCAUUUUCUAGCAACUGAGGCUUUCACACAUUCUAGUAGCGGUGUUUUUGGCCUCUCCUCACAUUACCAGUUGGCGUGGCAAUUUAUGGAGAACUUCGUUGAGAACUACAGAGGGGAAAUAUGGGGACACCAAGGGCCCGGGGUUGUUUCACGUGUUGUAAAAAAAUUGUGCGGCUUGCCAGUUUUUAACUCUACGGAUGAUGUCAUGUGUUCAAACAUAAGUUAUUUUCACCCUCAACGUUUCUACCCCAUCCCGUAUCCUGCGUGGAGACAAUACUAUGAAGUCUGGCAGAAUUUGCCAAAUUUUAAUAACUCCUAUGCCGUACAUCUUUGGAAUUUCAUGAAUAAAAAAGGUAUAUCUAUGGUACCUGGAAGCAACACAUUGGUGGAACAUAUCUACCAAAAAUACUGCCCUACCACCUAUGAAUAUGUCUUGGGAAAACUCACCUAA